AUGAGUUCCAGCGCCAAGUACCAGCCCGCGAGGCAGGACGACUUCGACGAUGACUACACAACCGCGCCGCCCGCCUACGGCGCCUCUUCCUCCUCCGCCGCCGCCCACGAUGCCGCGAACGCCGGCAUCGAGGCCCAGGGCCUCUUCGCCCACGCCCGCAGCAGCGAGGACAACAUCCCGGACGACUUCAAGUUUGGCGGUUCCGUCGCCGAGGCCACCGUCGACAUCCGCAACCAGUUCGUCCGCAAGGUCUACACCAUCCUCACCGUCCAGCUCCUCAUGACCGCCGGCGUGAGCUCCCUCACCUUCUUCAGCGCCUCCUACAAGUCCUGGAUCCAGGCUCACCCCGGCGUCGUCUGGAUUUCCCUCAUCGGCUCCAUGAUCUUCCUCGGCCUCACCUACUGGAAGCGCAAGUCCUACCCGACCAACCUGCUCUUCCUCUCCCUCUUCACCCUCGCCGAGGCCUACACCAUCUCCGUCAUCGUCUCCUUCUACCGCACCUCCAUCGUCCUCAACGCCGUCGUCCUCACCGGCGGCAUCUUCGUCGCCCUCACCCUCUUCGCCUGCCAGACAAAGUACGACUUCACCUCCUGGAUGCCCUACCUCUUCGGCGCCCUUUGGGGCCUCCUCCUCUUCGGCUUCAUGUCCAUGUUCUUCCCCUAUGGCUCCACCGGCGAGCUCAUCUACGGCGGCGCCGCCGCCCUCAUCUUCAGCGCCUACGUCCUCGUCGACACCCAGAUGGUCCUCCGCAAGCAUCACGUCGAGGAGGAGAUCGCCGCCGCCAUCAGCCUCUACCUCGACAUCAUCAACCUCUUCCUCGCCAUCCUCCGCAUCCUCAACUCCCAGUCCAGCGACUAA